GUAUAUUUUAUUAGUAGAAAAUGAAGGUGUGAAGGUCAGGGGAAACAGAGUGAGUAACUGAACAAUCCGAUGACCACAGUCUCCGGCGCCGUCGUUCCACCGUUUGUAGCACCUCCGAUUCGUCGCCCAGUCUCUCGUCAUCAUCUGAGUCUGACCAAGGUUCCUAAAGCCGGCUUGCGGAGGAGGAAACAGCUCGGAAUUGCUUUAGCGGCGGUUACGGCUUCGGAAUCAUCACCAUCGGAAGGCACGUAUGAUCCGGAGCUCCGUUUGGUUUUCGAGCUCGCCACAGAUUCUGAGCUGUACGAGCUUGAGAAUAUCCUCUUUGGUCCCAGCUACUUUAGCCCUUUGUUGAAAUCAAUCCCUAACAAAGGAGGAGGAGGUGAGAGGUUGAUGAUAGGGGAAGAUAUUCAGGUGCGAGAUGGUUUUAUCCAAUCUCUUGAAUCUAGAUUCUUGUUUCUCGCUGCAGAUGCUCGCUCCACUCUCAGGGGUUGGAGGCCUUCAUACAGAAACGUUUUACUUGCGGUGAGAAAUAAACUGAGCAUUCCCUGCUCCAGCCACUUGCCAACCGAGGAUCUUGAAGCUGAGAUUUUUCUUUUUCUUGUUGACAAUUUCUCUAGUGAAGCAUCAGGGAUAUUCCCUGGCUUGUGGGAUAGUUCUCAAGCAUCGGAGGUACAGGGAAGCUUAGAAGUUGGGCUCAGUAAAUGGAAAGUUGAACUACUUGCUGCAUUAGAAGUAGGUGCUUCAGAGGUCCAAUCUAUGAUUCUCAAGGGUGGUGGGAUGAUCACAUUUGCCAAGAUUUAUCAGUUGUUGGCUAAGAAACUAUCUGGAAAAGUAAUCCUUGAAGCCGCCAACUACCAGAUAAGGAGAGAGAUGCUGAAAAAGGGUGGACAGUUAGCUGCCAUUAACUUGGAAUCACGAGCAGCUCUGCUUGCAGCAAAACAUGGGUUUGUAGGAGCUGCAUCCAGAUACCUUGGCUUAAGAACAGUGAUGCAAUUAGUCGGCCCAAUGAUGUGGGGGACGUUACUGGCAGAUUUGGUUAUUCAGAUGCUUGAAACUGACUACGCUAGAAUCUUACGAGCAAUUUACGCGUUUGCGCAGAUUCGAAUCACGAGGACAUACAGGCUACCUUGUAAAUAAAGUAACAGUUAUUUUCUGAAGUAUCACAAUCUCCACCGUCUCUACUUAUUAUCUCGGUAACAAUGUUAAAGUAUAUAUCACUCGUAGUAUGUGGUUGAAAUGAAACUAGAUACUACUACUCGAAUGGAAACGGUCCCUUUUCUUGUUUCUUCAUAGGAGACGUGAGGUGUUUCUUUUGUAA